AUGGCUUAUCCUACUCCUAUCCGCGCUGCGGAAUUCAAGAGCGCCUACGGCCCCAAGUACGUACCGAGUGUGUCCAAAGACCUCAAUUUCGACCGAAGAACCGAAAUGCCUGCGGAAACGAGCCGCGCUGCUUGGCGUAGGGCAAGAUUUGCCCAAAGAAGUUCCUACUGGCAUGAGAGACUACCGUUUGACCUGGGCGCACAUGCCCGCCGCAAAAUCAACUUUGAGUGGAAUACUGAGGCGCUUUUGACGCUUCCACAAUCAAUGGGAGGUUUGGCCGAGCAUGAAACUAACAAUAGAGAUAGUAGCGUGAGAUCUGCCUCCUUUGGUGGUGCUGCCGCUGUCGGUCUGCUGCUCUACGUUUCCGGCAUCCCUCGUGUCCAGAGGGACAUUCUCCAGAAAAUCCCCUUCCUCGGCCGCUACUUCACUCAGCCAGAAAUCCAUCCCCAGGAUAACCCCUUUUAA